AUGGCGUGCAGGACGCUGGAGCUGACGCUGCUCUCCGCGAGCGACCUGAGGGUGGUCAACCUCGUCUCCAAGAUGGAGGUCUACGCGGUGGUCUACCUCGCCGGCGACCCGCGGGCGCGGCAGCGCGUCGCCACGGACCGCGCCGGCGGCCGCAACCCGUCGUGGAGAGACGCCACGGUCCGCCUCGCCGUCCCGGCGUCGGGCGCCGGGAGCGGCGCGCUCCGCGUUCUCCUCCGCGCGGAGCGCGCCGGCCUCGGCGGCGAUCGCGACGUCGGCGAGGUGGUCGUCCCGCUCCCGGGCAUCCUCGCCGGCGCCGGGGACGGCCCCACCGCCUCCGCGCUGGCGUCCUACCCGGUCCGAAAGGUCGGCUCCAGCAAGACCACCCACGGCGUGCUCAACCUCUCCUACAAACUCGGUGGCGUCGUCCACCCUGAUCCCGCCGCCUCCUGCAGCUGCAAGGCCAUCGCGAAGGCCGCCGGCGACACGACGACGGCGUACCUGGCGGCAGCGUACAUGGCUGCGCCGCCGCCACUGUACGGCUACCGCCAACCGCCGGCGAUACCGCAGCCGGGUAGGCCGAUGGGUGCGAUGGCUGCACCCGACAAAAAUGGAGUCUUACACUGUCCUUAA